UUUGGUUAUUAAUUUUCUACAAAAUUUAAAGUUUAUUUAUUAGUUGUUACAAAUAAUUAUUUGGAGCUGAAAUAAAAAUUGGGUUUGACGCUAUCAAUUAAUAUGAUAAGUGUUGUUUUCUUAGUAAAUUACUCAUAAAAAGCGAUAACAAUGGGCUGGACUUGAUAAAAUCACUGAUUGAGAAACAGAAAAUUGAGUUUAAACAAUUUAAGUACGAGUUACUAGAACUUUUAACGUUUGUACUGCGAUAUAUACAACGUUACUUAUCAAAAAUGGUGCGUAAUUAUUACUACUUUGCUCUCUUAAUAUUAAUAUGGGUGCAGAAUUCUGUAGACGCGAUAAAUUUCAAGGGCAUCCAUGAUAUAAACAGCAUAAAGAAAUUUAUCCAGGGAAUAACAGAUAGGACUCCUGCGGAAUACUACUUUGGAAAAGUACUAAGUGACAGUGAAAAAAGUAAAAUAAUCGUCGACGAUUUGGUCGGACUUCUCAGUAAUUUAAACGAUUUAACGGAUCGUCAUUAUAAUGCAUCCAGAGAAUUAUCACUUCGUUUCAACACUUUCAAAGAUAAUUCAUUAAAAAAAAAUGUAUCAGUAUUUAAUUUCAUGGAUCCAUUGAAUUCUUUCGAUAAUAUCGCCAGUAAAAUAAAUUCCCUUGCCGAUAUAUUCAUCAAAUUGCAGAAUGACUUUGGUUAUGAUUUGUCCAAGUAUUGUUCGGCAAUUUCAGAAAUAAGACAAAGUUUAGCUCAGGAAAAAAAAGGAAGUAUUGUGAUUGAAUAUAACAGAGCGAAAGAUCUUCAGGGAGUCUUUUAUAGUAACGGAAGAGUUUCAACAGGUCCCGAUGAUUACAUUUCUUGUGGAAAAAGAGUCCUCUUCGGAAAACUAUUCAAUGAUUUUUACCUACACAUGGUUACUUCGUAUCUCAAAGAGUACGUAAUACGUUAUUAUCUGGAUAUUAUCAACGCACAAUGUCUUGACCAAAACUUAUCAAGUGCGAAAAUAGAUGAGUUUAUCUUCAUAAGCAGAUUACAGAGAGAGAUAUCGUCAAUGAAGCACAAGCAGGAUACAACCGAUGAUUACCUCUGGAGGUGUGAUCCACCAAGUUAUGAUAACAGUAACGGAACUCUGUACUACGAGAUGACUCAUAUGUUGCAAACGGUCAUAGUAAAAGAGGAAGAUCUGGAUAUUCAUCAAUCGUGUAGUCAUAAUUGUGACACAAGGUACAUUGAAGAUUCAAUGAAUUACACGGAAUGUGAUGGAUAUCAAGAUUGUCAAUACAUCGACAGUAGUUACGAGAUAUGUGAACCACCGGCCAGCGAUCAUUCUCUACGAAGAUAUCAGUGGUUCAAAGACGAGCAUGGGAAAGUCUAUGGCGACAACAGCACGGAAUGUAAGACACCCGUUAAAAAAGUGUCCAGUACUUUGUGGGUAUCAAAGCUUCGUUCAUGUGAUUACUGCCUGUGUAAUUGCAUCAAAAAGAAACCUUCGAUGGAAGACGAUGUCCUAUUUAUCAGUUUUAGGGAACAGGUCACUGACAUCGAGAGAAUAUGGUGAUCGUAGGAGUGAGGUUUGUCAAGAAGAACAACAUGAUUCAUGUGCAAAGAAAAGAAGCUGAGUUGAAACCCAACGGACUGACGGGAAAAUCAAGGUGGAAGGAGCUGGAA